AUGUCUGUUCCGGGGGCUCCCACCGCUAAAGAGAAGAAAUAUGACCGACAGCUUCGCCUGUGGGGUGCCGGAGGGCAGGAAGCUCUGGAAACAGCACAUAUCCUUCUGAUUAAUGCUACAGCGGCUGGGUCGGAGACUUUGAAGAAUCUAGUACUGCCCGGAGUUGGUCAAUUUACCAUUGUAGACCAGGCCGUGGUUACGGACGAGGAUCUUGGGACGAACUUUUUCCUGGACGAUAGUUCCAUUGGGCUAUCAAGGGCGCAGAAGGCUUGUGAACUGCUUUGCGAACUGAAUCCCGAAGUUCAAGGGCAUUUCAUAAAAGAUACAAUCGAAAAUAUCGUCAAAUCGAGCCCGGAGAAGCUUAAAGACUUCACAACCGUUAUUGCGACAGGCGAUGUCUGUACGGAUACCCUCCUUUCACUCGAUGCGAUCCUUUACCCGCUCGGUAUUCCGAUAUUCGUUGUAAAAUGUGUUGGGUUUACAAUGAGCUGCCGUCUGGCGCUGGCAGAACAUCCAAUAGUCGAGACUCAUCCGGCAUCUACGGUUGAUCUGCGCCUAUUUAAUCCCUUUCCGGAGCUUUCUGCCCUGGUUGAUGAAAAGACUGCCUUCAUAAAUGAUCAAGAGAAGAUGACUACCCACGAGCAUGGCCAUCUACCUUACGUCUUAAUUCUCCUUCAAACCCUCAAUGAAUGGAAAUCUACCCAUGAUAAUCAGCCCCCGUCUAACUACUCCCAAAAGAACGAGUUCAAAUCCCUCCUUCGUAGUAAAAUGUGGAAUGCCGAUGAGGAAAACUUCGAAGAAGCUAUUGCAGCUGUCCUCCCGCAUUUCAACCCUCCCAGCAUUCCAUCUGAGACCAGAGCCAUCUUUCAAGAUGAGAAGUGUACAAGCUUAACAAAAGAAUCGACGCAGUUUUGGGUAAUUGCUCGUGCAAUCAAAGAAUUUUCAGAGAAGAAUGAUGGACUGCUCCCGUUACCAGGUGCUCUUCCGGAUAUGAAAGCAGAGUCUAAAGAUUAUAUUCGUUUGCAGAAUAUAUAUAAGUCGAAAGCAAGAGCUGAUUUGGCCGCCGUGGUUGGGAUUGUACGAGACCUUUUAAAAGGUCUAGGAAGGGAUGGUGGCGAGAUUGCAGAAAGCGAGGUAGAGACUUUCUGCAAGCAUGCUGGGUAUGCUAAAUUGAUUAGAGGAAGAAGCUUGAAUGAAGAGUAUGAGAAGAGCCCUAAGGCACAGGUUAUUUCAAAUGAACUUUCGGAUCCUACAUCACUGAUACAUUAUUACCUUGGCCUUAGAGCAUAUGAAGCAUUUAUUUCUGAACAAUCUAAUGCACAACGUACUGCCCCUGGCGCCGAAGAUUCGACGGUUGAUGCCGACACGGAGAAGUUGAAAAAACACGUAACAGAGCUGCUCGAUAAACUCAGCAUCACAUAUUCAUCGGAAUUGCUGGAGGGCACCGAAAAGGCUAUUGGUGAAAUUGUCCGCGCUGGUGGUGGAGAAUUACACAACAUUUCUAGUUUGACUGGCGGCGUCGUGGCUCAGGAGGUUAUCAAAGUAAUCACCAAGCAGUAUAUCCCAAUGAACAAUACGGUGCUAUUCGAUGGGAUCAGCAGUCGAACAACUGUUUACCAGUUGUAA